CUUCAUUUCACUUUCUAUGCAUGAGAUGUUAUCUAGUUAAACUUUAACAUGGUUUUCUGUAACAUUACAAUAUGAAAGAUUUGAAUUUGCAAAUGAAGAAGGAUCAUUUCCUUUUGGCUUCAAUGAUAUAAUGGGUGCAGAAAAAGACUCUGGAGUCCUCAGUGAAGAUAUCAUCAGUGCUUUAAAAGGUCAUAUUAAAGAGGGUUACAUGUUUAACUUUGAAACUCCACUGUCUGAAAGCAGUUUUUACUACAAUAAAAACCCCACCCUGAGUGAUCAGAUGCACUGCCUGGUGUUCGUCAUGCCAGCUGACACAAUUUCAACCCAAGACAAAAAGUUUCUCCAAAAAAUUAAGAGUGUCGUAAAAGCAGCAAGCAGCAUGGGAAUUCCUCAAGUAAUCUUCAUGACAAGAGUAGACCUCGCAUGUCCAUUAACCAAGAAGAAACUGCAAAACGUCUACAAAAGCAAGAAGAUCAAAGACAAUAUGCAGAUAUGCAGUUAUGAACUGGCUGUGCCUGUGAACCGUAUCUUUCCUGUCUUAAACUAUCAUGAGCAGAUCCACAUGGAUGAAGAUAUAAUCUGCCUGAUGCUCGAUGCCUUAACAAAGAUUAUCUACUGGGCUAAUGACUAUGUGCUCAAAAAGAGUUCACAACAACAAUCAACCUGUGAAUAAAGAAAGUUCACAUGAUAAGUGACAAACAAUUUUAAAUCAUGUCUAAUGAGUUACUCAGAUAUUCAUAUUAAUCCAAUAAUUAAUGCAAAUAUAUUAAUGAUUACAUUUCAUUUUGUUUUUUUUAGUAUGUAAAAGAGUUUGGUAAAGGAUUUUUACUUGAUUAUUGAAUUGGAAUUGUGCAUCAGUAUCACAGCCUGAAUAAAGAGUGUAAUGCUAA